AUGGCUACUCGUUCACGGCAUGGCUGCAUCGACUGUAAGCGUGCCAAGGUCAAGUGUGAUGAGAUUCAUCCUUCCUGUGGUACUUGCAAGCGGCGUGGCCGUCAAUGCACGGGCUACACUCAAGUCACGAAAACCCACAAAGCCCGCACCUCUGUAGGCGGGCAGACUCCUUCCAUCAGUGCUGCAAGCCCGGCUGCACACAUCUCGGAAGCCCGCGUGGAUGGACUUGGCAACCUCACCGUUGCGGGUUCUCCUGUGGUUGCGAGCCCGAUGACCACGGAUGCUAUGGCCAUGACCCCUUUUUUGGCCCUCUCGACAGAAAUCGCACCUACUUCCGUGCCACAGCUCUUCAAGACCAUGGCAAAUAUCCCUCCCGGCACUGUACACCCCUCGGAUGAGCCAUUCAUUGAGGUCUAUUUCACCCGACACCCAACGGAAUUGGUUUUUGGCAGCGAAUUCGUCAAUGAAAUGAAUUCAUGUGUACUCAAGGUCUUCCAGAACAGUCCCAUGGCCGUGGGUGACUCUUUGUCCGCGAUUGGGGAAGCAUAUCUCAAAGACCACAAAUCACAAGCCGUGGUACCCGUUCCCAACCGGAGAGCCAGAAUACUGGCCAGGCUCCGCAACUUGGAUACUCUGGGGGUCAGCCUGGAGCUUUUGCUGACAGUCAUGCUAGGACUGUGUGCAGUCGAGUUGAUCGACACAAAUGAGAAGCCCGACAAAAUGUCGGCCCUCCCAUCACUGCUGGACAAUCUUUCCAUGAUGCUAGAUCAUCACAUCAAUCGAGGGUUCGAGCUGACGCAGUUGUCUAAAUAUUUCGUGCGUGCUUUAGCAAGGCAAGACAUGAUGAUUUCGUUGGUCAGAUUCCAACGCCCGCGCAUACCGACGGCUUACUGGCUCGAUGAUCACGCGAAACAACAUGCUGAUCGGUUCAUGGGCUACACUGGAACUUUGAUGCCUAUCUUGGGCGAACUUUGCGGUCUUGCGGAGGACAUAAGAGCCCCGUUGCCCGAUAAUCUGCUGAGUGCAGAUUCCGAAGACAUGGCAUUCUCAAUCCCUCUCCACGACCCGCUCCUUCUGGUGGAAAGAGCUGCACAGCUGCAGUCGCAACUCGAGCUGUGGCACCCGACUGUAGAUCCAACCCUUUCCUUUCACUCUUCACGAAAAUUCCUCAUGCAUGCAAAUGCCUAUCGUGGUGCGGCCCUACUCUAUCUCCACAGACUGAUCAACCCGGCAGGAAGCUCGGUGGAGGCGGAUCAGGCUGCACUAAUCAUGGCUUACGAGGUCAUGGUCCAUACCAGUGGUGAAGACGAGGACCUAAAGAUGUCCCUCUGGCCCGUGUUCAUCGCUGCUUGUGAGGUUUGCAAUGAGUCAGAUCGAAUAACGGCCAGCUACAUGCUCGGGGCGAUUUGCCGUGCGCGCAAAACGGUCACGUCAACUCGAACACGCGCUUUUGUCAUCAAUCGAGUUUGGCACGCCAGGGAUAGCGCCGUUGAUUGGAAUUGGAUGACACUGAGUGAGCAAUACCCCAAUGAUCUGCUCCCUAUCUGA